AUGGCGGCGCCGCCUCCUCCUCGAGGCUGCUCCGCUGCAGCUUCUGUGAGCGGGACAAGGCAGCCACCGUGGCAACCGCGGCGGGGUGGCGGGGCGAGGCGAGGCGGCGAGGCGAGGCGAGGCGGUGAGGCGAGGCGGCGAGGCGAGGCGAGGCGAGGCGGUGCGGCCAUGCCCAAGGGCAGGUCGGCCAAGCCCUGCACGAAGCGCGACGGCGCCUGGUUCGCCCAUAUCGGACUAUGUCAAAGCCAGCCUGAGUCAGCUACAGGCUCUGCGCUAAGACAGGCGCAAAACGCCAAAGAAGUUCAGUAUAUUGAGGAGAGAUUGCCGCCAGGGUACAGAGCUCGGGAGCAGAAAGCAAUGAACAACAACUUCCCAUUUUCUUCUCAUGACAACAGACAUUGUUUACAGAAUGUAGGAGAAUAUUUUGAUUUUGGUUUUGGACGGAAGAAAGUUGAACCAGAGAGAAGGCAACAGAACUCACAAAACUUCUGCCUAUGGGCACAUGAAUCUGUUCCUAGCAGUGAUGAUGGCUUUACCAUUUAUCAAACGUCAUUCAUUAAAGAUCAAAAUACUGAGUGCUCAUUCUGUAGGCGAUAUCCAAAACACCACUUAGAAAAGUGUUACACUAACAAACCCAUUACUGAGGAUGAAAAAAACAUGCAGCCAAACAAGUCAAGUUAA